CGGGCUUCCGCGUGGUAGGCAACGUUUGGGCGUCCAGCACAGCGUUCUGCCCAGGAGAAGCCAACCCAUCCCGUGAUGCCCGCCCCGCCAUGCUCUUCCUGCCAUGCGGCACGUGCCGCCCUCCGCCGUCCAAGCUCGGGGUGCGCGCUGUGUGGCCCCUGCUUCUGCGCCGCCUUCGAGGCCGAGGUGCUCCACACGGUGCUCGCUGGCCGCCUGCUGCCGCCCGGCGCCGUGGUGGCCGUGGGCGCCUCGGGAGGCAAGGACUCCACCGUGCUGGCGCACGUGCUGCGCGAGCUCACGCCCCGCCUGGGCAUCUCGCUGUGCCUGGUGGCCGUAGACGAGGGCAUCGGCGGCUACCGGGACGCGGCGCUGGCGGCCGUGCGGCGCCAGGCUGCGCGCUGGGAGCUACCGCUCACCAUCGUGGCCUACGCAGACCUCUUCGGGGGCUGGACGAUGGACGCCGUGGCCCGCAGCACGGCCGGCUCUGGCCGCAGCCGCUCCUGCUGCACCUUCUGCGGGGUGCUGCGACGCCGAGCGCUGGAGGAAGGGGCGCGCCUCGUGGGAGCCACGCACAUUGUGACGGGACACAACGCUGACGACAUGGCCGAGACUGUGCUCAUGAACUUCCUGCGGGGCGACGUGGGGCGGCUGGCCCGGGGCGGGGGCCUGGGCUCCCCGGGCGAGGGGGGCGCCCUGCCGCGCUGCCGCCCGCUGCAGUUCGCCUCGCAGAAGGAGGUGGUGCUGUACGCGCACUUUCGUCGCCUCGACUACUUCUCCGAGGAGUGCGUCUACGCGCCCGAGGCCUUCCGCGGCCACGCCCGCGACCUGCUCAAGCGCCUGGAGGCGGCGCGGCCCUCGGCGGUGCUGGACCUCGUGCACUCGGCAGAGCGCCUGGCGCUGGCCCCGGCCGCGCGGCCCCCGCCCCCCGGCGCCUGCUCCCGCUGCGGGGCGCUGGCCAGCCGCGCGCUCUGCCAGGCCUGCGCCCUCCUGGAAGGCCUGAACCGCGGCCGGCCCCGCCUGGCCAUCGGCAAGGGACGCCGGGGGCUGGACGAGGAGGGGCCGCAGGGGGCGCCCUGGGAUCGGGAUCGGGCCCGGCUGCCCGCCUCUGAAUCUAUCCCCACCUUCUAGUGACUCCGGGUCUCCAGCUGAGAUCCCCCAGAGGGGACUGCCUGUAAAUAACACUGUGAAUAAACCCGUUACCUUGC